AUGACGACUACUCAGUCGAACGAGAGCCGCGUCUCUUCCGCUCCAGGCAAUGACAUCGUGCCUGAGCAACGCGUUCUGACCCCACCAGCUCCAUCCAGAGCUCCAACUCCCGAGACUGAGGCCGAGCAGAUGGAUGAUCCCGGGCCUUCAUCAGUGGUUCCAGAAACUACUGCUGCGCAGCAAAGCGAGAUACUGGCCCCCUCAGCCACCGAUGUACCUCAUCCCAUCGCAGGAAGGGCCAGUACGGUCCAAGCACCAUGCCCUGUUCAAACGCAGGUCACUGGAAAUGUUCGGAUUCACACACCGAUCAUGACGCGGGCGUCACGUAUGGUCGAUGAGCUAAAUCCUCAAGACGCUCGGCUCAUCCAAGAAGCCAUCCAGCAAGGACGCAAGGCAGGCUCCGACGUCUACGACUCCGAUCCAGAGGCAGAUUACAAAGAGGAGCUCAAACAGUAUAACAAGAAGAACGUCUAUAGAAACGUUCGAUGGGGCGAUGGUGCAUAUCAAACCAACGCUCCCGAUGACCAAUGGAAGGUCACGAACUUCACUCCAUUUGUUCCCGGUCGCUGGGAGCGCAUGCCCGAUGGCACACUUCGUGACCAGAAGGAGAAGUGCAUUAUCCGAAUCCUCGACCAGCAAGGCAAAAAGCGCAUCUUUUUGAAUCAUCCCCCCAAGGACUGGAAUGAUCAUGCGGCGCUGGCUGCUCUGAACAAGCGAGUCGUUCAGCAGAUUCGCCGCCACACAAAGAUUCGCUUCCGCAACGCUGCUCUCCCCUAUGCUCAGGAGGAGCGCAUUUGGAUCAGCAAGAAUCUCAAGCCCAAUGAGACGAAGCCCUUGAAGGGUUGGGGACGCUUCGUUGCCGAGUUCAACGAAGCAUUCCAGGGCAAAACAUUGGGGGAGUUUCCUCACCAGCCACGCCCAGCCAGGACUCAAUCAUCUCUAAGUAAGGAAGUCGAGCGCUUCGCCAAAAUUUACAAGAGCGGUGAUAUUCCGAUCACAGCAAAGGAGCAAGAGAAUCAAAAGGCUCAGGUUGCCACCCAGGCUGCACGCAAGGUCGUUUGAAUGCAUCGCAUGUUAUGCACCA